AGAGUGACCAGUCCAUGCCUGACCCUCCUGGAUUCAGCAGAGGAGGAGGAGAACCCAGCCGUGUGUCUAUGAAGAGUGACCAGUCCAUGCCUGACCCUCCUGGAUUCAGCAGAGGAGGAGGAGAACCCAGCCGUGUGUCUAUGAAGAGUGACCAGUCCAUGCCUGACCCUCCUGGAUUCAGCAGAGGAGGAGGAGAACCCAGCCAUGUGUCUAUGAAGAGUGACCAGUCCAUGCCUGACCCUCCUGGAUUCAGCAGAGGAGCUGUUCCCUCUGACCCAGAGCUGAGCUCCACAGAACCUGCACUGCAGAUAAACACUCUGUUGGAGGGAACUGGAGACCUGAAUCAGGAUUCUUACCAACCAGUGGAUGAUGAUCUACACAGAGUCUUACAGAGACACAAAACCAGCAUGAAGAACAAGUACGAGAGCUUAUUUGAGGGAAUCAGAACAGAAGAGAAUAAAACCCUCCUGAACAGGAUUUACACUCAGCUCUACAUCAUAGAGGGAGAGAGUGAAGGAGUGAAUGAAGAACAUGAGGUUCUACAGAUGGAGAAAACACCCAGGAGACACUUACAAGACUCUCCAAUCAACUGCUUAGACAUCUUUAAACCUCUACAAGGUCCUGAAGGAGAAACACGAGAAGAGACCAUUAGAGCUGUGGAGGCUGACAGACUCAGACACAGAGAAAGAGAAGAUCACAGACCAGAAGAGCCAGAGCUCAGAGCUGUUCUGACUAAAGGCAUCGCUGGAAUUGGAAAAACUGUCUCUGUGCAGAAGUUCAUUCUGGACUGGGCUGAAGGAAAAGCCAAUCAGGAUGUAGAGAUCAUGUUUGUGCUUCCGUUCCGGGAGCUGAACCUGAUUAAAGAUGAUCAAUACAGUCUUCAUGGACUUCUGUGUGACUUCCAUCCUGAGCUCAAAGAUCUGGACCCAGAGAUUUAUGAUCAGAUCAAAGCUGUGUUUAUAUUUGAUGGUCUGGAUGAAAGCAGAAUUCCACUGAACUUUGAAGAGUGUGAGAAAGUAUCUGACAUCACCACGAAAUCAUCAGUGGGAGUGUGAUGACUAACCUCAUCAAAGGAGAGCUGCUUCCCUCUGCUCUGA